AUGGCGAUUUUCUUCAAAACAUUUGCUCUCUCUAUAUUUCUGCUGCUCGCCAUUGCAACUCCCGCCGCAUCAAGAUCAGAAAAUGCAACUGAAAAUGUAGUUGAUGAUCCCGCAGCUGUAGCUGCCAUGGUUCAUAUGACUAUUCGAAACCGAACCGAAUCGAGGAAGUUGGAGUCCUUAUCAUGUGGGACUGGAAACCCCAUCGACGACUGCUGGCGGUGCGAUCCCAACUGGAUCCGCAAUCGCCGCCGUCUGGCCGACUGCGCGAUCGGCUUCGGCCGCAAGGCCGUCGGGGGCCGGGACGGCCGCUACUACGUGGUGACCGACCCAAGCGACGAGGACGUGAUGAACCCGCGCCCGGGCACCCUCAGGCAUGCCGCGAUCCAAGACCAGCCCUUGUGGAUCGUGUUCAAGCGCGACAUGGUGAUCAUGCUCAAACACGAGCUCCUCAUCAAUAGCUUCAAGACCAUCGACGGCCGCGGCACCGACGUCCACAUUGCCAACGGCGCAUGCCUCACCAUCCGGGGCGUCACCAACGUCAUCGUCCACGGCCUCAGCAUCCACGACUGCAAGCCCACCGGGAACGCCAUGGUCCGGACCUCGCCCACCAGCUAUGGGUAUCGGACCAUGGCGGACGGUGAUGCGAUAUCGAUCUACGCGUCGAGCCACGUGUGGAUCGACCAUAACUCGCUUGCCAAAUGUGCCGACGGGCUCGUCGAUGUAACCAUGGGAUCAACCGCGAUUACUAUUUCCAACAAUCACUUCUCUCACCACAAUGAAGUUAUGUUGUUAGGACACAGUGACUCAUACAUGGGAGACAAGGGGAUGCAAGUAACUGUGGCAUACAAUCAUUUUGGGGAGGGCCUAAUCCAAAGGAUGCCAAGGUGCAGGCAUGGGUAUUUUCAUGUGGUAAACAAUGACUACACUUCAUGGGAGAUGUAUGCUAUUGGUGGUAGUGCAAAUCCCACCAUCAACAGCCAAGGCAACAGAUUCCUUGCCUCCAACAACCCUUUUGCUAAAGAGGUAACGAAGAGAAUAGUGAAUGAUGAGACGUGGAAGAGCUGGAACUGGAAAUCGGAGGGUGAUCGUCUGCUAAAUGGCGCGUAUUUCACAGCGUCAGGGAAACGGGAAGCAAGAAGCUACGCUAGGGCUUCGAGCCUUGCAGCCAAGCCUUCUUCGUUGGUAGCAACACUCACCAGAGAUGCUGGGGCACUACACUGCCGCAAAGGUGUCCGCUGCUGAUCAUCAGGAUUAUAUCUCUCAUUGACGACAGAUUGCAUCACAUUAUUUUGACAUAUGUUUCAGUUAGAAUGAAUUAAAUUCUUUUAGACGCACAUAAAGUUAUAGCAAU